GCGCGCUGGGCGCAGAGCGCAGUCUCGGCCGUGCAGCUCUGAGUGCGCCCGCCGCCACAGCCGCCGCCGCCGCCACCAUGCCCAACUUCGCCGGCACCUGGAAGAUGCGCAGUAGCGAGAACUUCGACGAGCUCCUCAAGGCCCUGGGUGUGAACGCCAUGCUGCGGAAGGUGGCCGUGGCAGCUGCGUCCAAGCCUCACGUGGAGAUCCGCCAGGACGGGGACCAGUUCUACAUCAAGACAUCCACCACGGUGCGCACCACCGAGAUCAACUUCAAGGUCGGAGAAGGCUUUGAGGAGGAGACUGUGGACGGACGCAAGUGCAGGAGUUUAGCCACUUGGGAGAAUGAGAACAAGAUCCACUGCACACAAACUCUCCUUGAGGGUGACGGCCCCAAAACCUACUGGACCCGCGAGCUGGCCAAUGACGAGCUCAUCCUGACGUUCGGCGCCGAUGACGUGGUCUGCACAAGAAUUUAUGUUCGGGAGUGAAGGCAGCCGGCUUGCUCCUGCUUUGGCAGUGCAGUGCAUGUCCCCCUGAGGAAUGUCAUAGGUCUGAGCUGCCAGUGGACGUCCCCUUCCCCCUUUUCCCCCGUGUCAGCUUAGGUGAUCCCUUUUCCCCAUGCCCAGGUUGUAGUGGUUUCCUGAGGCCUCUGUGCCAUGUCCCUAGUGCUCCAUAGUUUGGCAUCUGCACGGUCUCAUCAUUAAACUGGUUGGACACAUCUCAA